CCGAGGAGGGACCGAGCCGUGGGGCGUCGGGGUUCUGUGCACGUGGCGCGGAGGGAAGCCCGGGAGGCUCGUGCGCGUUCUUUCGUGAAAGUGGAAAUAAAUAAAUAAAACCUAAAAAAAAUUGUCCAGUAGGCAGUAGCUCCUUAGAGAUAAACUAGGUUUGUUCUGGGUAUAAGCUUUCGUGUGCAUGCACACUUCUUCCUAAAAUUGCUUCGCGUUCUCUUUUUUAGCCAGAAUUCGCGUGCGCUCAGCUCACACGCUCUCUGAGAUUUUGCGUUGCCCGUGCAACGAGGACGGGGAGCUUUCCUUGCCGUACGUACCGUACUUUCCUGUACCUUUUAAUACAGUAUUGGUGGCAAAGGGAGACAUUCAGCAGACAGACCACAGUUUUGCCCUGUAUGGAGACGCCAGUAGUGCUCCAAGCUGCACCUGUUGAAUGUUGGUUGGACAUGCAGCUUUUUAAAGAAAUUGGGGGGGGGGCAGAAGAGAAAGCCCUGCUUAAGGUGCUGUCAUAAUUGAUAGAUAGAAUCACAGAGUUGCAAGGGACCCUGAGGAUCAUCUAGUUCUAGUCUAACCCCCUGCAAUGCAGAAAUAUGCAGCUUUCCCUUGGGACCCGCAACCUUGACAUUGUCAGCAUCACACUCUAGUCAGCUGAGCUACCCAUGAAAGAGAUAAUUAGAGGAUAAGUUCUUUAUUCUGGGAAGCCCUUAAAUAAGUAAAAGGGACCGAUUGUAUGAUUCUGCAGCGAUAAGGUAUGUUCUGUAAUCUCGGGUCAAUGCAUUUUUUGUUUUUAUGCCAGCUACACCUGUACAUAAAUAUGAAGAAUCUUAUAACUGUGUACAUUAUAAAUAUAAAAUGCUUGUUGCUGUAUAGUUAUGCAGCAAUAAGGGAUGUUUUGUAAUACUGGAUCCACCGUGGAAUGUUAAGACAUCAGGAAACUGCCUUAUAGUGAGUCAGACCAUGGGUCCAUCUAGCUCAGGCAUCCCCAAACUUCGGCCCUCCAGAUAUUUUGGGCUACAAUUCCCAUCUUCCCCAACCACUGGUCCUGUUAGCUAGGAAUCAUGGGAGUUGUAGGCCAAAACAUCUGGAGGGGCGCAGUUUGGGGGUGCCUGAUCUAGCUCAACAUUGUCUGCACUGAGUGGGAGCAGUUCAGGAUUUCAAACAAGCCUCUCUCCCAGCCCUACGUAGAGAUGCUGGGAAUGGAGCCUGGGAUCUUUUGCAUGGAAAGCAGAUGCUCUAUCACUGAGCUACAGCCACUCACCUGCUAGCUAUACCUGCAGAUAAAUAUGUUUUUGCUCAUUGUAUACUUGAUAAAUAUAAAAUGCUUGUUGUUUCAAAUAUACUGUAAAACUAAAAGUGUGUCAUUCUAAUGAGAAAUGAGCAGUGGGUAAUGCUUCUUGUUGAUACAAGUGUGGUGCUGAUAACCCCAAGGUUGCAGGUUUGAUCCCUGUAUGGGACAGCUGCAUAUUCCAGCACUGCAGGGGGUUGGACUGGAUGAUCCUCUAGGUCCCUUCCAACUCUAUGGUUCUAUGUUUCUAGAUUCAGGUAGGUAGCUGUGUUGGUCUGAGGCAGGCAAAAUAAAUUAAUUUUUUUUAAAAAAACAACAUGUCCAGUAGCACCUUAGAGACCAACUAAGACUACAUGUUAACGAAGCAGCCUCCUCCCCUGGCACCCCAAUUAAGCGUGCCUAAAUUGUAAACAUUAUGGGAGAAUGUAUACACAAUGUUACUCAUGACCUUGGUUCAUAUUUACAUGGACGUGCAGAAGACAAGCUCUUCCCGUUACUGUAUUUAGGUCUAAAUCAGUCUCUAAAGGGUAGGUGAACAGAAGUUCCAUUUUAUUUUCUUAAAAACAAGCAGCACACAUUCAAAAUGGUUUACUAAAAUUAAAAUAUCUGUGUGCAAAAACAGCAUAAGAAGACAUUUUGAAUGAAGAGAGGGUUUUCUAUAAAUGCUUCCUCUUAACAUUAUCUGCUUUAAAAAAAUAUCAGCCAAGUAUUCAGAGUUCCUUUGUGAGGAUGUUAUAAAUGGGUGGAUUCUAUUAAAGAGAACUAGGAAAGCAACAACAUAGUGUAAUAUGCACGUCUCAUACAAUAACUCUAUUCCACAUAGGUCUUGAUGUGACUUUUGCAGUUGUUGGAUUGUAAGUUAAACAAUGCUUUCUUUUUUUAAUUACAUUUUAAAGUAAACAAAGUGGCUGGGUGUGUUUAUGGUCCUGCCAGCACGGCAUAAGAUUACACUGAUAUGCUUUUAAGUUCUUGGAAUCUUAUUUUGCAGUCGUGCUUAGAAAUCAGUAGUAACAAAACAUGUGUUUAAUUUGCAGGAAAUGCUUCCUGUAAUUAAUAAUCUUUUUGACAAGAAGCAUGGGUUAUUUAGGAAAAUCUUAGUACAGUGUAAAAAAAAUAUUUGCUGCCAUCUAGAAAUGCCAGAAGUGCCUGUUAAAGAAACGGAGACAUCUUUAGUUUUGUUAUAACAUAAUUAUUCGUUUUUAUUAAUUUAUUUUCCAGCACAACUUUCCCUGACGUGUUUAAACAAAGCUUUUGUAUUUGAACAAAGGCACCUCUAGCUUGAAAUAAGAAGCUAUUUGUGUUGCCAAUGAGUGAAGCAGUGUCAUUGCAGAACAAACUGGAUAUGACCUCAGAAGGUGAAGAUGAUGACAUGGCAUGUGGAGACUUGGGAAAUGGACUCAUUAGAAGACAAAGUGAUAUGUAUGAACCUGAAAGCUUCAGCGUACACCCAGGUAUGCCUAGAAGAGGUUCAGGAAGGAAAAUCUUCAGUCCAUUUAUGCUGCCAAAAAAAGGAGAAGAAUGUGAUGCAACAGUUUUUCGUUGCUCAAGGUGUAACAGCUUGAAUGACACGUCGGUCAAAAAAAUGGGAAUCAAUGCAUUUCGUAGCUGCAACCGACAAAACAGCUCUGAAUCUAACUCGGAGGCCUCAAAUGAAGAAUUAAUACAACACCUUCAAGAAGCUGAAGAGGAAAUAGAAGUUUUAAGAGUUGAAUUGGAAGCAUCUCAAAGACAACUUGAAGGCAAAGAGCAAGCACUAAAAAUUCUGCAGAGCAUGGCUGUGCUGGAUAAAGCCACUUGUCAUACUAAAGCGGUAUUUAAAAAAACAGAGCAGCAGAAGAGAGCUUUGGAAAAGGAAAUAAAUGUUCUACAGUGGGAAAUCAAAAUUAAUCAGGAGAAAUUUAAAAAUACAGAAGAGUCUUGGGCAGAAAAAUAUGACAGAAUUUAUUGUGAAAAUGCUGCACUUAAGGAAACACUGAAAUUGAAAACUGAUGAAGUUAAAACACUCAAGUCUGAAAAUGAAUUUUUGGAACGACAGCACUUGGAGAUUCUCGCUGUCCUAGAUGUCAAACAGCGGAAGAUUGUUCAGGAGAACAUGUCCCUUAGCAAGAGUGGUUUUACAGAGAUAACAGGACUUGAGCUGGCAGUACUUGGAGCUUGCACUUGCAGUGGUCUUGACGGAGAGCCAUGCUCCUGUGCAAAAAUGUCAGCGGUGACUCGAAAACAACUGCUUCAGCUCAAACAAGAGUUUGAGCUUCUGAAGAAGAGUAAAGAAGAAGCAUAUAUUAUGGCAGAUGCCUUCAGAAUUGCAUUUGAGCAACAGCUGAUGCGGAGGAAGGACCAGGCUCUGGGACUCACACAGAUGAAUAAGAUCUGCAGAAAAGAAAAGAAACGAUUCAACUGGAAAAACAUAAAAGACGAUGGUGCUUUCACAUUUCAAGGGAAUAGGAAAAGCUUGGGGCGAAAGUUGAUGGGCAUGCUUGUUUCUGGCGCCGACAGCAAGAAAAUAGAAGAAUUGGAUAAUCCACAAGAAAUCAUUAGGAUGCUGAUAGACUCGCUGAAUGAUAAGGAGGAAGCUUUGGCCCAUCAAAGAAAAGUUAGUUAUAUGCUUGCUCGUGCCCUGGAAGAGAAAGAAGAUAGUUUGCAGCAGAAUAAGGAAAGCAAAUUUUCAGAAGAAGAGCUUGCUCUUAGCAGUAAUCAGUGCAAAGAUGAUUCAGAGCCCCCAAAGUCAGCUCUUCCUGUGUGUUUGAGUUGCCAGACGUGCAGUGCUCAAGAUUGCGCCUGCUCUGUUUCCCACACAUCUCCCACUAGAAUGCUGAACUGUACGUCUAAAAGUUCUUGUUCCCCAACACCUGAAGAAAAUUAUGUGCAUUCAACAGAGGAAACAGCUGAUCAAAACUGAAAAUACUGACUGCUCUGUAGGGGAGGGUAGAGCCUAGAAAGGAGGGGGGUGACAGAGGCAAUGCACCUCUUUAAUGCUCAAGGAGACUGAUUUAAGAUUCAUAUGUGCUUGCGUGUGUGGGCUUUCUAUUGACUUCCAGGUCUUUCAUCACUGUGAUACAUAGAAGUCAACAUGCAGAAGUUAUUGCAUGCCAACAGAGCCCCUGGUUUGGGCUGUAGUCCUGUCAUCAUACUUCAGGGAACCUUUUUAUUAGAGUGAUUUUAAGCAUUUUUCACCAAUUUAAUUAAAAUAAUUAAAAUAACUGCAGAAAACAACUGAAUGUGUUUUAUUUUUUAGACACUUAAUGUAGAUAUUUGUAAAUAGUUUGCUUGUACGUGAUGCCUGUGCAUUUUAUGCUAUGAUGGAAUUGGGGGCAGAUGUAUUUUUGAAAGCACUAUUUCACGAUCAAAUGAACGAACGUCUAUGCUAUGGGAAUAGUUAACUUUAAGAUAAAGAGAUUCUGAGUUGUGUAUCCACACAUUUAGGGACUAGAUCCUCUAAAACCAGUAGACUUUUAAGUCCAUUAAUUUCAGUGGGUCAGUUCUGAUGUAUGAUUUAGCAAGUUGGGUACAACUUUUUUCUCUGCUGAUCAUAAAUUAAUGGAUUCUCUGCUGUUUUAAAAAUUAAGUAAUGUCAUUUAUAAUUUAACAGUGUGUCAAAACUAUGGGCAGUAUUCAACUAAAUAAAAAUGCAAAUGCAAGGAUUAGCACUAGUGUAAGGAGACGACUCCCUUCAUGUACAUCCCACUGCCCCCCAAAUUUACUUUGGAGGCUUGGGGAACCUUCAGAACAGAUUGGGGGGCAGAGGAGGGGGGAAAUUUUGUUGUACAAGGAUACAUCCUGUGCUGACGGAAGUCUCCUUAGCGUUCAUACAUCCCUCAUUUUGACAUAGUCACAUGUAUUAGGGUUACCAAAUCCCUCCCCCAAUUGGGGAAGGGUAACAGUUUUGCAUGCCAGGGACUUUAAAGUUGCCUUAAUUUAAGAUAUUGGCUACAAUGUUAAAUCAACCACACAUUUAGAUAACAAAACACAUUUAGCAUUUCAGAAUGGAUAAACCCACAGCUUUUGGCAGUUGUACCAAUCAGGUUUUUUAAGCCAAUUUUCACCAUAAAAGCUGCUGCAUGCUCCCUUAAUUUUGAAGCUAGAUUCCUGUAAGACCAAUUGAAGUCGUUAACAGUCGUCAACAGGUUUACCACACCUAUCAGCCAAUCACCCAUUCCCACCACCCUUCUGAGUAAUACCCCUCCCCACCCUCUCACUAUAUACUGUACAGUAUAAGGGUCUGGUGACUUCUGUUUCAGUGUAUCUGAAGAAGUGUGCUUGCACAUGAAAGCUCAUACCAAUGACAAACUUAGUGGGUCUCUAAGGUGCUACUGGAAGGAUUUUUUUUUUUAUUUUGUUUCAAGCACAUUAAGAUGUAAUUAGAGCAGCUGUAGAUCUUAAAGGCAAGGACCGGUUCCAAUUUGUCCCUGUAACUGUGACAAAUAAACCACAGGGAAAGCUCUUCAGCAGCAGCCAAAUGUUGUGAACUAAACAAAAUGUCUUGUUUGUCUUCACUCAUUAUUUGUAUGUGCUGAGAAGAUAUAAAGGGGGGGAGAAUACUCUUCUUAUUGCUGGCGAGUGUGAAAACUUAUAGAGGAUUUCUCAAAAAAUAGCAGGUGUCUGCAUAAAUUACUUGUAUAAUGAAAAGCGAAUGGUGAUGCUCUCCCUUUCAGGGCCCAUCUGCUGCAAACUGUGAUGCAACAACAGAAACAAAGGCCACGUUCUUACAAACAGGAGCAACCUGUUCCUCCACUUAAUCACUUC